UUUGAGUAUUCGCUUUGUACGGUUUGAUAUUUCUCCUUUAUGUAUUAUUGUCAUCACGCAAUUGAUGCGCCAACUGUUAACGGGAAUAGUAAAUAAAAGAAGAAAACAAAAACAACACCAACACUACCACCAUUAGUUUAGUAUCGCGACUCUACUGGAACAUUUCUUAUUUGAUUUUUACUACAGUCCUAUUAUAGUAUUUUUACUACGAAUACUAGAAAUAUAAUCAUUCUACGUGAAAAUCUUAACUACCAUAGACGCAUCACAAUAACAUUCCAACACUCUGUAAAGCAGUUGAAAUUCUUAGAAAUAAAUAUCCAACUAUUGAAAGUACAAAAAUUCCAUUUUUGAGUAAAAAAAAUAAAAUAAACUACAAGUUAAAAGAGAAGUUCGACAUAACUGAACGCAAUGACGGAAACUAAUGCAUUUAAUAGUGAAGAAAAAUCGAAGCGGAGUAGACGCCACAGUAGUCGGCGCCAUAGUAGUAGCAGCAGUGUUAGCAGCGGCAGAAGACAUCGAUCGCAGAAACGUUGUUCCAUAAGCGCGUUUAUAGCACAAGUAUUCUUCAAUUUCAUCAGCAAAAUCAUACGUCUCGUAUUCCAACUCAUCUAUGGCGUACAGGGUGAAACAAUGCCCACCAUCACUGACCCCAUACUGCUCGAGUCUGCCACAGCACUGGCGCGUAAAAUACGCAAACAGGAGCUCACUAGCGUGCAAGUAAUGGAAUCAUUUAUACGCCGCGUUAAAGAUGUGAAUCCGAAACUGAAUUGUUGUGUGGACAAUCGUUUCGACGAAGCACUGCAGGAGGCAGCCGAAGCUGAUAAGCUAAUCAAAUCAGAAACACACACCGAGGCGGAGCUGGAAAAGUUGAAACCAUAUUUAGGCGUGCCAAUAUCGACGAAGGAUUGCAUUGCGGUGAAAGGCCUCCUACAAACUGCCGGUCUGUAUGCACGGAAAGAUGUGCGUGCCACCGAGGAUGCUACUGCCAUGGCAUUGAUGCGCCAAGCGGGCGCCAUUCCCUUCGCCCUCACCAACAUCUCGGAGAUGUGCAUGUGGUGGGAGAGCAACAACACGGUACACGGACGCACUCGCAAUGCCUACGAUUCGAAUCGCGUCGUUGGCGGUUCCAGCGGUGGUGAAGGUUGCAUGCAAUCAGCUGCCGCUUCACCUUUCGGUUUGGGCUCUGAUAUUGGCGGCUCCAUACGCAUGCCGGCCUUCUUCAAUGGUGUAUUCGGUCACAAGCCAAGUAAAUUAGUUGUUUCGAAUAAGGGACAAUUUCCAAUGCCCUUCUCCGCUGAACAGAACUCAUUUUUGGGCAUUGGGCCAAUGUCACGUUUUGCCGAGGACUUGAAGCCAAUGCUGCGAAUUAUUGCUGGCGAAAAAGCGCCAGAAUUGCGUUUGGACGAGCCAGUGGAUUUGCAGAAAGUGCGUUUCUUCUAUCAGGAGAGUGACGGUGGCGGCCGUUUGGUGUCGCCGGUGGACGCCGAUCUGUUGGCUGCCAUGCAACGUACCGUACAACAUUUGCGACAGACAGUGAAACCGACAUUGGUGGAGAAGGUGCAGUUUGAGCAAUUCCGGCAAUCGACUAUUAUUUGGUUUGCCAAUAUGAAGGAUGACUCAGGCUUUACAUUCGCACAUCAAUUGGGCGAUCUAAAAGUGGCAAUCAACCCUUAUGUGGAGUUGGUCAAAUGGGUCUUUGGUGCUUCUAAGCACACAUUUAUCGGACUCAUAACCGCAAUUAUGGAUAGGACACAAGUGCAGUAUGGCUCGAGCAAAUAUAAGCAUAUGGUGAAAAAGCGCGAUCAAUUACGCGCCGAAAUGCAGGAACUACUGGGGGAAGAUGGUGUUCUGCUAUACCCUACACAUCCCACCGUUGCACCAUACCACAAUGAACCCAUCUUCCGGCCCAUAAACUUCUCCUACACCGGCAUUGUGAACGUAUUGGGUUUCCCCGCUACUGCCGUGCCACUGGGACAGCUCGGGAGCGAAGGUGUGCCUCUGGGCUUGCAGGUGAUUGCCAACUUUAAUAACGAUAGGCUGUGCUUGGCAGUUGCCGAAGAAUUGGAGCGCGCUUUCGGUGGCUGGGCGCGUCCUGAAGUGAAGGUUUAGCAGUGUCUUGCCCACGUCACAAACUAGGUUGAUAUCUUUAUAUGUACUGUAAAGCUGUUAUACUACUCGUAAUGUUCUUAGAAGAAAAAAUGUAUGUUUUUAUAUAUAUGUAAAUGGGCAUGUAUUGAUUGUAUACAUACAAACGUACAUAAGCUCAUACUAUGUGCGAGUAUUUGAUAAUAUUUUUCUAGAGCUGAAUUGUACAUAAGCUAUGUACGGCGAUGUGUACGUUUAUAAUCAUCUUUGGAGUAUAACUUAAAUAACUCAGUUUGAUAAGUUGUAUGUAAUUUAAUGCAUACAUACAUGCAUACAUAUAUACGUAUAACUCUAUAUACUUAUAUGCCUAUAAAUAUACUGCAAGUAACUGUUAAGCAUUUAAAUGCGUGAAGUAGACUAACUUGUUGAUAUCGUCAUAAGUUACCAGUAAACUGUAUUUAAAUACUAUACUCGUAUACGUGAAUUUGAUUGUAUUGUAUUAAAGUAAAUAUUUUUAUAAAACCAAUGUGUGCGCACGCCUGUGUGUAUUGUUCACGAAAUGAAGUAAAUCUAUGUUGAAUACUUUCUACGUA